AUACGCAUGCGUAUGUAGGUUUUGUUUAGGUAUGGCGGUGUACGUAACGUGCCUCACCGCAAGCGGAGGUUUGCCGGUCUUCACAAGAUCUUCAGGAGAUUUGAAGCCACUUCCAUUCCCACUCAUCGGUUCUCUCAAUGGAGUACACAUGUUUGGAGCCAAUCACAAUGUUGACCUUCUAUCCUCAACAACUGAUGAUUCCAAGGUCAUUUGGAAAGUGUUUCAAGACAGCAUCACACUGAUCAUUAUCUCACAAGAUGAUAUAGCUGAUGAUUGUCACAUGACCAACAUACUCAAGUUCAUCCACCAAUCACUGGUCCUCUUACUGGGAAAGGAAGAAGUGCAAAACAUUGACAAAAAUGUUGAAAAAUUCAAAAGAGAAGUGAAGGUCUGUAACAACCUGAUUGACCACUUUAUACAAGCUCCUACCUCGACCACCUUCUCACAGCUGACCAACACAGUGGAGAUCAUUGCUGCACCCGAGAAUACAGUCCUCCAGAACUUUCUUGAUGCUUUUACUGAUGCUGCUGAGACAGUGUAUGGCUGCUUAUUGGUGGAGGGGAAAGUUUCCGUAGCAACUAAAAAAUGGUGGAAUCUGACAGCCAAUGAGCUUGUCCUGUUGGGCGUGUUGGUGUCAUCAAUGUCAGACUGUACAUCACGUGAUCUACCUGUUUACUUACCUGACAGUCAUCCAACUGUACCUCAUCGCCUGAUGACCUUUCACCUCACCAAGUGUGUACAGGUGUGUGUAAUCUGUGGACCAACACCGACCCUUGCUGACCUUGAACCUGAGGUGGUGAGGUUCUGGAAAACAGCAUAUGACCCUCUUAUAUCUGUGUGUAGACUUCAUCCGAGGAAUUUCCCCAUCACAAUAACACUAGACCCGAACAUGCUAGGAUUUUUGGUUGUAAACAGAGACACCAACCGAUGUUUGUGUAGUACAAGUCCUUCAUUGGAGGACAGAUCCACACUAGGUGAUGGCCUUAACACUGCCCAGAGGAAAGAGGUGUUGCAGUCCUUCUACAAGAAAAUUGUAGGCUCGUUUUUCUCUUCCAACAUUGAGGGUAGCGAAUUGGGUCCUGGGGAGUACAGUCACAGCCCACAGGAGACCUACAUCACCACUGACAUACACAAGUGUUAUGCUGCCCAGUCUGGUUCCUACCAGAUCUUCAUCCUCUACACAGACAGCAUACCUACAUAUGCCAUGAGGUCCAUCACACAAAAAACCCUUAAUCUGCUCACAAAAGACAGACAUGUGUGUAUAUGAGGACUGUCUUCCUCGGAUUUGUUUCCUGCCACAUUUGACUGGAAUUUAGAGAAAACUACUGGCCUGGCGGUGACCUGUGUUCUGCCACACUUGGAUUGGAAUCCAGAGGAAGCAUUGUCUGAUCUGCCACUAACUUACAGGGAGGGGUCUGACCUUGUGAUGAUGACCUUCACAGUUACACUGGUAAACAUGUUGUUGUAACAUGUUAGCAUGAUACUCAGUAUGGAGGUAUAGGAAUCUCCUACAGUGGCAGUGAUAAAGGCAAGGUUGUCAACAUGGACUUUAGGUCAGAGGUCAGUCAAGUCACAUGGACAGGAGGGCAUAGCUCAUUCAAGUCACAUGGACAGGAGGGCAGAGGUCAGUCAAGUCACAUAGACAGGAGGUCAGAGGUCAGUCAAGUCACAUGGACAGGAGGUCAGAGGUCAGUCAAGUCACAUGGACAGGAGGUCAGAGCUCAUUCAAGUCACAUGAAUUUUAGGAUAAAGGUCAGCAAAGUCAAAUGAAUGGAAAGCCAGAGGUCAGUCAAGUCACAUGGACAGAAGGGCAGAGGUUGUUACCAAGUGAGAGAUUACACAGUCAAAGAUGGCAGUACCUCACAGGGGAGUGGGGGUUCUUCUUCAGUGUCAGGUCACAGGUCAACAGUCACAUAGUUGAUAGUAUGAGUAGUACAAGUAGCCCAGAACAAAUGGAAAUUGUACCACCAUUGUCCCAAUAUGUAAAUAUUCUCUCUAGAAACAUCUUCUGAUGGAGUGUGUCACUUUUUUCUUAUGUUUACAUGGAUUAUAUUGAAUGUGAUUUAAACAUAUGCAUAUUUUCAGUUUUUAUAGAAAAGAAAUUAUGAAUUUAUUGUUUUAUCUUGAAUGAUGUAACUUGGCAAAGUUAUCUUUUUGUUCUUUUAAAAGACAGUUUUACAAUAGUUUCAAGAUUUGUAUCAUGAAUUAGAGAAUUUGGUUGUUGAAUGUUGAUAGAUUGUUAUGUUGAUGUUGUUAUUUAGUUAUUUAAUAUGCAAAUGAUGAAUGAAUAGACUUAAGGAGUGUGUAAAACAUGUGUGAAGUAUGAAUUUACUAAAGAAGGAUAAUGGUACGAAUGAAGAUUUUGAAGUAUGAAUUUACUAAAGAAGGAUAAUGGUACGAAUGAAGAUUUUGAAGUAUGAAUUUACUAAAGAAGGAUAAUGGUACGAAUGAAGAUUUUGAAGUAUGAAUUUACUAAAGAAGGAUAAUGGUACGAAGGAGGAUUUUUAAGUAUGAAUUUACUAAAGAAGGAUAAUGGUACGAAGGAGGAUUUUGAAGUAUGAAUUUACUAAAGAAGGAUAAUGGUACGAAUGAAGAUUUUGAAGUAUGAAUUUACUAAAGAAGGAUAAUGGUACGAAGGAGGAUUUUUAAGUAUGAAUUUACUAAAGAAGGAUAAUGGUACGAAUGAAGAUUUUGAAGUAUGAAUUUACUAAAGAAGGAUAAUGGUACGAAUGAAGAUUUUGAAGUAUGAAUUUACUAAAGAAGGAUAAUGGUACGAAUGAAGAUUUUGAAGUAUGAAUUUACUAAAGAAGGAUAAUGGUACGAAUGAAGAUUUUGAAGUAUGAAUUUACUAAAGAAGGAUAAUGGUACGAAUGAAGAUUUUGAAGUAUGAAUUUACUAAAGAAGGAUAAUGGUACGAAUGAAGAUUUUGAAGUAUGAAUUUACUAAAGAAGGAUAAUGGUACGAAGGAGGAUUUUGAAGUAUGAAUUUACUAAAGAAGGAUAAUGGUACGAAUGAAGAUUUUCUUUUGUAGUAAAUAAUAAAAUAAACCAGCAAGUUA